ACAGAGAGCGAGAGGGAGAGAGCGAGCGAGCACGCACACAACAUACCGUAUGCACCUGCUGUGACGCUCUGACAUUAUUAUUGUUGAGAGAUUGUACUAGUAAAGAGUGCGUCUUUAACGAGAGGCGUAGCUAUUCUCUUGUGCUCCCUAGAGGGCAAGUUCCGCUUCCUGCUAAUAAAAACAUCGCACUUGUGAGCAUAUCACAUCAACUGUGGACUGCAGAACAGAAAAGCAUGAAAUGCAAGCAAGAAGGCAUGGAAUUAUGUGGAUAUGAAAGCACAAUUUGAAGCUUCGGGGUAUGAUGAACAUAUCCGUAUGCACAAGUCAGGAAGCUGAAUGACAGAAGGUAUUUUCUUCCACAUCCAAAACACCUCCAGUAUGUCGGAGAGAGGGGGUCUCCCACGGACUGGGGGCACACCAUCUCCACAUAUGCAGCCGUACAAGACCGUCACGAUCGUCCCGAACCGUCCGGUUCAGAUGAACCUGUAUGCGACCUGGGAAAUUGAUCGCUCAUCUCCAAGCUGUGUGCCCAGGCUCUUCACAGUUACUCUGAAGAAGCUGGUGAUGCUUCAGGAGCUGGACAGAGACCUAACCUCUGUUGUCAUCGCAGUCAAACUCCAGGGAUCAAAGCGCAUUUUACGGUCCAAUGAAAUCCUGUUGUCAUCGCCUGGACUUACCGAGACCGAUCUUCAGCUAACGUUCUCCUUGCAAUAUCCACAUUUUCUGAAGCGAGAUGCCAACAGACUGCAGAUCAUGCUGCAGAGGAGGAAGAGGUACAAGAACCGCACCAUCCUGGGCUAUAAGACCCUGGCACUGGGCCUCAUCAACAUGGCAGAGGUGAUGCAGCACCCCAGUGAGGGAGCCCGUGUGUUGGGUCUCCACACCACGGUGAAGGACACGGCUGUGCCUGUGGCUGAGAUGAGGGUCUACUCGCUCUCCAGCCAGCCUAUCGACCACGAGAUGUCCAAGGCCAAGAUGUCUGACCGCUCCCCCGACAUUGACAACUACUCGGAGGAAGACGAGGAGAGCUAUUCAUCAGAGCAGGACGGGAGUGAUGACCCUGCUCACAGCCAGUAUCUGUUUGACGAAGAGGAUGACAUGAGGAAGAAGAAGCACAGACACAAACUCACCUCUGCCGCCUCCAUCACCAGAGCUCAUCCCAACAUCAAGCAGAAGUUUGUGGCCUUGUUGAAGAGGUUUAAGGUGUCUGAUGAGGUGGACUUUGGCCUGGAGCACGUGUCCCAGGAGCACAUUCGUGAUGUGGAGGAGGACCUGGAUGAGCUCUAUGACAGUCUGGAGAUGUACAACCCCAAUGACAGCGGGCCAGAGAUGGAGGAGACGGACAGCGUCCUCAGCACGCCCAAACCCAAACUCAGGCCCUUCUUUGAGGGCAUGUCCCAGUCCAGCUCGCAGACCGAGUUUGGCAGUCUGAACAGCAGGUGCAGUCUGCCCAGAGACACCCUGAGCCCACAAGGAGAGCAGCCCCCGUCAGGCAAGAUGAAACGCGCUCGCUCCCGCAACUUUGACGACUCUGAGACAGACACCCUGGAGCUGACUGAACCGGAGACGUUUCUGGACACUACCCCCUGCAUCACUGUCUCUGUCCCAGAGCAGCUACCCAGGACCCCAAUGAGGGAACUGAGGAGCAGCAAGAGUGAGAGUCACACCAGCAUGCCCUACACCACCAUGACCUCCCCCAGGUUGGAUGACGGGCACACACCCAGGCAGAGACGUGGCACACCAAUGAAGGAGAGGCGAGCGCUGUCCAAGCCACUAAGCGAACGCACCAACAGCUCUGACAGUGAAAGGUCACCGGAGCUCGGCCACACCCCACAGGUGCCCAGGAAGGCUGUGUAUGACCAGCUGAAUCAGAUCUUCUCCUCAGACACUGCCCUCCCAGACAGCCUGGUCCUGGUCAACACCAGUGAUUGGCAGGGACAGUACGUGUCCGAGGUGCUGCUGGCCCAAAAGCAGCCGUUAGUGUGUACCUGCUGUGGGGUGGAGAUUCAGGCUGUCCUCACCACCCUCCUCACGCGCAUCCAAAAGUUCUGUAACUGUAACUCGUCCACGCCGCCGCCGGUCAAGGUGGUGGUGGCAGGGGGACAGAGCUACCUGGGGGCCAUCCUGCAUUUCUUUGUCACUCAGCUGGCCAACAAAACAUCUGAUUGGCUCAGCCUAAUCCGCUUCCUGGUGGUCCCCCUGGGUGAGAGAGAGACCGGUUCAGGCUGUCACCCCGUCGCUAAGCACCUGGCCUCCCUGGACCCUCGCUACAGCUCUGUGUUCCUGGACAAUGCCUGGAGAGACCUGUUCAGUCGCCUGGAGCCCCCUCACUCUACGGCUCCAGCUGCAGACGGCGUGGACGUGGCUGGAAGGAUCAGCCAGUACAUCAGCAGCGUCUCUGUCACACACCAGUUGCCUAUCGCUGAGGCCAUGCUCACCUGCAAGUACAAGACAUAUGACGAGGACUCUUACCAGAAGUUUGUUCCCUUUGUUGGGGUGGUGAAAGUAGGGUUGAUUGAACCGAAUCCGGCGUAUUCAGGUGGAGACUCAGAGGAGGCUGUUGGUGUUAGCUUGGCUGUUCCCUCCACCUCCCCACCCGCCCAUGGCUCUCCCACAGGGAUGACCAGAGAGGCUGUCACCCCACCUCCGUCUCCCUCCCUGAGUAGCGGUCUGGGGAGCCCUAAUAUGUCCCAUGCGGUGGACACCAUUGGGCUGACGGUGGAUUAUUGGGUAGCGACAUGCUCAGAGCGGAAGAAGGAUGGGGAGCGGUGUGACAAGGGCUCCAAGAACACCCUGAAGAGUGCCUUCCGUUCCCUGCAGGUCAGCAGGCUGCCAGGAGGGGGCUCCACUGAGAACCAGCCCCAGGCCAACACCAUGGCUAUGACUGUGGUCACCAAGGAGAAGAACAAGAAAGUCUCCACCAUAUUCCUGGGGAAGAAGCCCAAAGAGAGGGAUGUAGACUCUAAAAGCCAGGUGGUUGAGGGCAUCACCAGACUCAUCUGUUCUACCAAGCAGCAGCAGAGCAGCCUAAAAGUGUCUGUGGACGGCGUGGAGUGGACUGAUGUGAAGUUCUUCCAGCUGGCUGCCCAGUGGCCCACCCAUGUGAAGUACCUGCCAGUGGGGCUGUUUGGCUACAACAAGAUCGCCACAUAGAAACCAAGCCAGACAUGGUCACUCACUCUGAGCUUCCUGGGCACCAAGGUUAUUAUAGUUUUGUGUUUUUAUAGUGUAUUUUUAUUAGUUUUUUGAUUUUUGUUUGAAGUUCAGUUAGUUUUCAGACCUGAUUUACUAGUUUUUAUUUAGUUUGAUAUGAUUUAUUUUCUGUUUUCGUGUUAGGGACAGAAAGUACCAGAUUUCUUCCUUGGUAGUUCGUGAUAAACAAGCUAUGCCUAUUUGAAACCUCACUAACUCACCUGCCAAGUUCAGAAGCUUGAAAACACUCAUUUGAUUGUUGUCCAAAGUUUAGAAGAUUAAAAAAAACUCAAACUGAACAUUUGAUUUUUAUUUUAGUACAUUUGAGUCAAAGAUAGUUUUAGUUUUUCAAAUGGGUUUGUUAAUUAUUUUAUUUCAGUCUACGAAAGUUUUAUUUCAGCUUUUGUUUCCUAUAAUAACCUUGCUGAGCGGUCUACAAUGGACACUGGACAGAAAGCCAAUGAUUAAGGAUUAUUGUUACAUGACUAAGGAGAGUUGUUACAUGGAUUGAGGCCAUAGAUUGUAAUGCUUGCCGUGGGUUCAAGCAACAAAAUAACUAGUUUGCCUUUUUUGAGAUGUAUUUCCUCGUUCAUAUGCUUUGGCACAUUUUUAUAUGUCUUCUUUCAGUGGAUCGGCAAGGUUAACUCCAGCUGUUCUUGUGGCUGUGUUGUACUUAGUUUUUUUCUAGCAGUGUUAUGUGAAGCAAAUUUCAGUGGUCAUUGAUAUUAUUUCCUUCGGUGGUGUUAUUCCAAGUGCAUUAAAAAAAAAACGGAGUUAAGUCAGUUUUGCGAAAGUAAUAUCAAUUGAUUAUCUUAUUUACAGAAAUGUUGUGGUAAUUGGACCUGUUUUUGCUAAAGACUUACUACAUUUAGUGAGUUACUGUUGUGUGCGCACGCCCGAAUGCUUGUGAAUGUGUGCAUAGCAUGGGUUGUCAUUGAAAUAAAUACUACAGAAAUCUAGAAUAUUUGCAGACUUGUCUGCAUCAAAGCUUGUGGUUGUUAAGCAAGUAUUUUUAUAUGGUACAUGUACUAUAUAUACUUUGCACUGCAGAUACACCUUUGUCCCAAUGUGCUUAAAGCAGUCAUCUUACUUAUUUUUGUUUAAAGAUUGAAGACUUUGUUUUGUCAUUAAAGCGUAAAAGACGGACACAUACAAGGAAUAAAUAAAAAGGUCAAUUAAAUAAACUCAAGUGUAUUUAUAACUAAA